CAGGAUAAGAUGAUUGGGACAUGAUCCACCCCAACCCCCGAUGAGGACCAAAUAAGGGCACUCUGUAGCCAGGCACCAAAUAAGGGCACUCACUGUAGCCAGUGGCCGGUAACUAUGUCGGAGCUGGUGGUGUUAUACGGCUCUGAGACUGGUAAUGCCCGGGAGCUGGCAGAGUAUCUCUACAGGGAAUGUGUUUACAGAGAGCUGAAUGUGCGGUUAUCUGACAUGAACAGUGUCUCUCUUCAGGACCUUCAAUCGCGGACAAUAGCACUGUUCGUGUGCUCCACAACUGGGGACGGGGAGGAGCCUAAAAACAUGAGACUUUUCUGGAGACAACUCUUGUCCAAACACCUCACUCCGCAAACAUUUUCCGGUCUCAACUUCUCUGUUCUGGGUCUCGGAGAUUCUUCUUACGCAAAGUUUAAUUACACCGCUAAGCGUUUGUAUAGACGGAUGGAAGGAUUAGGAGGGAAGCCACUGUACACACUAGGAUUAUCUGACGAGCAGCACCCUGAAGGAGCAGACUACCAAUCCUACGUCUGGAUGGGGGAACUGUUCCAGAAACUGGGCAACCAUCUCCAGAAACAGCUCUCUAGAUCUUAUCGUAUGUUACCUCCACGGUACAAUUUUACUAUCAGUCAGGGGGAGAAAGGGGAUGAGGUUGACAAGAUAGAAACAGAUGAGGAGGUCUCUAACGAGGUCUCUAAAGAGGUCUCUAAGGAGGUCUCUAAGGAGGGUACCUGCUCUAAAGACAAGCCGUUCAGCAGUGUAAUGAGGGGUAUAAGACGGGUAACGAGUGAGGAGCACUUCCAGGACGUUAGGCUGGUUGAGUUUGAUAUAACCGGGAGUGGGAUCCUGUAUAAACCUGGCGAUGUUGUUUGGAUAUACCCCAGAAACACUAACGAGGACGUGAUGGAAGCAGCGAGCCUGCUGAACCUGAACCUGGACUCAACAUUGGAGUUUACAUCAGCUCCUCCUGCUCCACUCCCUAAAUCUCUGACUAUACGAGCUCUUCUGAAGGAGUAUCUGGACAUUGCUUCCAUUCCUUCCAGAGUCUUCUUUGAGAUUUGCACCAACUUUGCUACUGAUGAGCUGGAAAAGGAGAAGUUUGAAGAUUUCAUUUCGUUGCUUGGAAGAGAAGAGCUGUACUCGUACGUGUCCAGACCUCGUCGUACGAUACUGGAGGUUCUGGGAGACUUCCACUCAGUUAGAGCUAAUCUGGACAUGAGAUAUCUCCUCGACUUUAUUCCUCUUAUCAAACCCAGGGGCUUCUCUAUUGCAUCUGCCCAAUGUGUUGAUAAGGAUAGACUACAUAUUUGCAUGGCUGUUGUCAGGUACAGAACGAUAAUGAAGAAAGAACGAAUAGGCCUAUGUUCGAAUUACCUUGCUAAUCUACCAUUGAAUUCUUGUGUCAAACUGUUUGCUGAGCCGGGGUCUUUCAAGUUUCCCACCGACCGACCCAUUAUCAUGAUAGGACCAGGAACAGGCUGUGCUCCGUUUCGUUCCCUGAUCCAAUCCCGCGCCAAAACAUCACAACAACUCAUCCUGUUCUACGGGUGUCGGAGCGAACACCACGACUACUUCUUCAGAUCUGAGUGGGACCAGAUCACCAACUUGCAGGUCAUCACUGCUUUCUCUAGAGAUCAGGAAAGGAAGAUUUACGUGCAGCACAGGAUUGUUGAGCACAGCGCGCUUGUUUGGGGUGCGCUGGAGCAAGGUGCUGUCUUCUGCGUCGCUGGUAACAGUAAGAACAUGCCUUUCCAAGUAAAGGAUGCCCUAAUAAGGGUAUCAAGUGAACAGGGUAAACUUUCUAAGAGUGAGAGUGAGAAAUAUGUUGAGUCGCUCGUUAGAAACCGGCUCUACCAGACAGAGACUUGGUGAGAGAUGUUCUGGAGUAAAGUUGUUAGUUGUUGUUGACUUGUUGACUUUGAAAAUGCUCGUGACCUUUUGACUUUAUGAGUUUAUGAGUUGAUAUUUUUUAUUAUUUGGUCCAGAUAUUGGGUUUUAAGUUAUUUGUUCAUCGUUUAUUGGGGCAACUUUUAUUUAAUUUUAUAAUCUUGCAACU